UGCUGUGUGAUAUCCUUGCACUAUUAAAUAAUUCACUCUUAUCAGCUACCUAUGUUAUGCCUGAAAUUAGGAAUAUUUCCUGAAGGUAAAUUUAAAAUGCCAGGCAAUUAAAUUACGUACCAACCUGAGACUGAUCACUCAAUAGACAAUCAGCUUGCAGUGAAAGACAUUUAAAGAAGUCUGCAUGAUGCGUUGUUAGGUAAACUGCAUUAAAUCAUCUUGCCUCCACCUUCUUUGUAAUUAUUAUUCAGAGAGUGCAGCAGUCUUAAUCUCUUAAUUAGCAGUAUGGAUUGGAAAUGAAAUAAUUUCCCUGCCCCAUUGACUUGAUGAAUUAUAAAAAAAGAAAAAGUUUUCUUCACAACUCUGAAUAAGGAGUUAAUGAUGUAUCACAAGGACAUUUUAAUUAUCUGAGCCAUCAAAGAAGAAAUGAGCAACUGAUUACCAAUGAGUUAACCUGAGGGUUGGUUGGAAAAUGACAGCCAGGCAGUUGUAUUGCAAUUAUGUAAGAAAUAUAAUUUCUAAUUUUAAUCUAACUUUGGGCUAGUACAUGGUAUGGAUACCUCUGCCUUCUGUAGCCCAGGAGGAUGGAACAAAUGGUUUACUGCUGGUGCUGGUAUCAAAUCCACUGUCCUUGAAGGCCAGUUACAUUUUAAGUUUUUUGUUUACAAAUUUCGAUUCACGACAGAAGUCCACCACCCACUGCAACCAGCUAGCAGCACCAAGUAGCACUCUAACUCUGUAGUUCUAGAGGGGCGGGUUGAACAUAUUCUAGGCUGUUUUCAGAAAUGAACCCUGUGUCAGCACCCAGUUUAGCGGACAUUUUCCUGGGUUUGCAGGACAUUGUCCAAGUCAGACACGUUCAGGAGCAUUUCUGGAACAUUCCAGCAAGGGGUGGCGUCUGGGCAGAACGCCCACUCGCUCGCACUGAAUCUUCUGAAAGGGCUGGCAGGAUAUGUUCCUGAAAAUGUUUGGAGCAACAUUUGUGGACAUUUCAGUCAUGUCCACUAUAGUCAAACUCAAUAGAUUGCAAUAAUUGAAAAAAGUUAUAUUUGGCAUUAUGGCUCUGUUCUGUGACCUCCCUGCCCUUCCACAUUCAUAGGUGGAAAGCCUGAAGUAGGGAGAGCAAAGCUCCCUACCAUUCCAUGAGCCUUCACGGAAUCUGAAGCAGGGAGAGCAGCAAAUAAAAGAAACCCAGCACAUUGCUUAGGUCAGAUAGGGCACCGUGGCUGAGGUUGACUGUGUGGCCUACCUGAGCUAACGCUAUGCUUGAUUUGGGUUUUCACAUCCAGCUACUCCAGAAAAAGUUCAGUGCAUAUCUGAAAACAGCAAACUCCCUCUUACACUUCUGGGGCAGAAUAAGCCAGCUGUUUGUCACCAGCCAGCACCACCUACUCUGACUGUGCCUUCUCUUUAUGGCCCAUUACCCCCUAGAAGGAAAUCAGUCAGCCCCAAAUUAGGUGGGAGUCAACUGUGCCAUUGAUUACAUGUUCAGUGAACAUGACACUGGCAUAUUUGAUAUGUAAGGUCACUGCUUUAUCCAUUAAGGCCAACAUUAGGCGAGAGGCGGGGUUCACUAUGGACAGGUUGCUGGCCCAUCACAGGGCAACAUACAGAGACAAACAACAAUUCACAACAUUCAAUUUUAGAAUUUCCAAUCCACCUUACACAAAUCUGCAUGUGUUUGGACUGUGGGAGGAAGCCGAAGUACCUAGAGAGAACCGCACGGGGACACUAUGCAAUCUCCACACAGAAAAGCCCUGGUUCUUGUUGUGAGGCGACAGAAAAGAUUUAAAAGAAAAGUUUUAAAAGAGAAAAUGUUGUAGCAGACCUUUGUUCGUGUGGUAGCGAACUCUAGACAACAGGAUUAUAAUGAACGAAGGCACCAUAACCUAAUGUAGAAACUUUUCUUGGUUUAGUGGGGAGGAGACUUUUGCUUGGUGAUCUCGGGGAUCUAGGCAAUGUGUACUCAGUGGCCACAAUGACCAUGUCAUGCACAACAGCACAGAACCAUCACUGCUGGAUCACAGAGGCUGGAAACAGUACAGGGACGGGCAGAUGGCCAUGACCUGAAGUAAUGCCUCCAAAAAGUGAGUGCAUGAGAGGGAGGUGCACAUUUGACUCUCCCUCUGGUCGCAAACAAGUUGCCAACACGUCUUCUCCUAAUACUUGGGCCCCGUGAAUUUGUGUAAAGUCUUGGCGCUUCCUGCAUCAUGGUGCAAUGCUUCUCCACCAGUGAGAACCAAUGGUGACAGCUGCCGGGCCAUGUCCUGCAACUACUCUUCUCUUUCCAAAGUUGCAGUGAAGGAAAUGCUGAUGCCAGCACAGUGAUACCACUAGAUCUCUAUAGCUCAUGAAGCGAUAAACAGACAUACAUGUUGAUUGACUGCAGUAUGAAUGAUUCACUUCCAUUCAUUCCUGUCACGUCAACGACCAAAGGAAACUCCACCUUGUGUAUGUGCAAGGUGGAGUUGAAAGCUCAAUAUCCAUGCAGAUGGUUCUUUUUCCUUUGUCUCAGCAGUGAACGAGUGGUGCCUUAAUGUGAAAGGCAAACACAGCAUGUCAUUAGCCUAUAAACAUUACAGUUAUUAUAUUGUAAGUGUGGGCAGUAUUAUAGAUGAAUGUUUUAGAGUCUACAUGUUCAUAUCUGUAUAGAGAGGGUGGAAGUGAGGGUGAAUGACAGUGAGAGAGAGAGAGAGAGAGAGAGAGAGAGAGAGAGAGAGGGUCGAGAGAGAGUGUAUGUGUGUUUGUACGCUAUGUAUGUGUCUGUUAUCGUAAGUGAGGCUUGUGGAGAAGGAGCAACAGACUGGGGGAGUAGAGUGGACCAAGAGAGCGGCUCAUUGUUAAAACCUCUCUCAAGACACUAAUCUGCCUUUACACCGGGGAAUAACAACAAGGGAGACACAUUAGAGGUAAGACGAUUUAUUCUCUUUGGAAAAUUAGAUAUUAAGUGUUCUGGACUAAUAAUCACUGUACUGUAAAUCCAAGCUGUUUCCUCUUGAAAUCACUCAGUGAGAGGAUCCUGGUGGAUUUCUUUGUGUAAUUAAUCAAUUCAUUAACGUACCACUUUUCCGUAAAUCAACCUUUACAUUUUUUUUGAAGCUACUGUUAUUUUAAUAGUGUCACCUUUUGAAAUAGAUAAACUUCACAUUAUGAGGUUAGAAAACACACACAUAAUAUCAUUAUACAACCAUGAUCUACUGUAUCUGAACAGAUCAUAUCAUACCAUUUUCUUGAUAUCAGGGGAAAUGCACAUUAUUGGAUAUUUCUGUUAUUUUAAUAUUUGCUGCGUGGAACUAAUUAUUUCUUAAGAAUCAACACCGAGGCUAUAAUUUAAUUUGUGUCACCAUCAUUUAUCUAAGUGGUGACCCUCUGUUCAAGCCAUACCAGGUUCAGCAUAACUGGAUUUUCUUUGUUUUUAAAUAACUGAUCUCAAACCACUGAAAUUUAAUUAGACUAAGGAAUCUAGGAAACAAUUUGAAAUAAAUGGCAAUCAGGAAAGGUGCUGCAUGUUCAUACUGCAGAUGACAUGCAUCAAAAGUGAACAUGUUGCAUAACCAAACGUGCUUUAACCCUUUUGGUCCCAUAAAGACAUGACAUUGUUCAGUCUCAAGGGAGCCGUGUCAUGUUGACUGCAGUGCAAAAGCUGGAACAGCUGUUCCAGAUAUUUUUGCUGUGUCGACUUUUCCUUAAGGCAAAUGCAUAUGAUUCUGACGUGUUUUGGAUUAUUCAUGACAUCCUUCAAGAGAAAAAGAGAAGCACGGACAUGCCUGCACUCUGGGGCUUAAGAAAGUGAACCAAAAGACAGACGCUUCUAUAUGUUUUAGGUAUAAUCAACCACCCAGGUGCUUCAAAUGUUUCAAUUUUUCAGACACACAAUUCAAUAUAUUGGUUUUCUGACAAAGCGUGUUGGGACUUAGUUUCACUCAUUUUAGGUGAAAACAACUCAUGACUCUGACUUUGGUAAGAUAAUUAUCUAACUUAUCUGAGCAUCGAUAAACAUGCUUAGCACUUACAGAACACAGACAUUAGUAUGUAGUCUGCAAAAAUGAAAACAAGAGUUACUGAGACUUUAAAACCAGAAUAUUUGCGAUCUGUGGCUCGCAGCAUGCUCAUGAGGAUGAUGUGAUGAGUCAUCCAUAAAUGCAUCAAGUGCACUCUAGAUCCUGUACUGAAACAUUCAUUACAAUGUUAGAUCUGUAUUUAUAAAGCAUACGGAAAAGAAAUAUGGCCAAGUCAGAUGGCUAAUGAGCUUUUGCAUCCGACAUUUCCAAACUGGAACAACUGGCCUGAUUGACACUUGAAAAUCUAAUUGACAAGUGAACUAAUCCAUGGGACAGAGGUGGCUGUACUCAAAAGCCACAGGGCAGCAUUUGGUGGUAUACUAUUUGUUUUAAUGGAUGUGGUGCUUCAAUUCACCACCAAUAUCGUACCGGUGAUUGUGUUAGCUCAUUUUCUGUCACGACUGAAGGCUUUAGUUUAGUUUAACAGACAUGAGCAGCAUCCUGAUGAAACACAGAAAGUCUGUGCCACAGACCUUUGACUGAAAUAUGUAAAUGUGAAAUCAUUGUGUUUUUUUCCCCUGCUUAUCAUCAGCAACUGGCGGGAAAGCCUUCCAUUUUCUGAAGUGCGAAUAUCUUUCCACUUCACCCCCACAUCAAACGUUUGCAUUCAGCUAAAUGAACAGUUCCAUUUUCCCUACAUCAACUCAACAAUGACAGAAUACAAAGUCUUGAAAAUAAAAAAAUAGAUAUCAUGGCAUCACAUUUAAAUCCUCCCCAGAAUUUCCUCUGUAAAAUAUAAUUCAAUUUCUUUUAGGCAAUGCAAUUACAAACUAGGAAAAUAUAGAAAAGAAUCCUGUACAUUUCAUAUCAUAUUUAACAAUGGAAUUAUCAAAUGACUAUCAUUAUUAUUAUAAUUACUUUCCGUUGACCGGAACUUCAAAAGCUUUCAAAGAUUUCAUAUAUAAUGACACACUGCUUUGUGGUUUGCUAUUUGUGUUCCCUGAACAGCAAGUGCAGUAACAGUACUUUUCAAGGACAUGUCCUGCUGGCAAUAAGAAUCUGUAAUUAGCAGCAGUAUAAAGGCCACUGAAAGGAUGUCUGUUUGAUCCCUAGUCUGGCAGAACAAAUGUAGUCCAGGUAGGGAAUGUGCAACGCCUGCGUUAUUAAGCAUAUUGAGGUGCCUUUAAGAUACGAUACGAUACGAUGCGAUAAGAUAAGAUUCACUGACCUCAAAUCACUGUGGUCCUGCCAGUGAAACAUAUCCACUGAUUGGACAGUCGAAAGAAAUACUUAAAUAGGUCAAACAUUUUCUCUCUCUCAGUAAAUCCCAUGAAAAGACCAAAGCCAACAGCGACGUAUCGCCUGUGCAUGUGAAGCCUUAUAAACCGAAACAUAAUACUCAGUGUCAUAGACCUUCAUUGUCCAAAGCUAAUAACAACAUCAUAUCAACCAGUCAUUCUACUGCACCAGGCGACAUGCGUCUUCAUUACCAUGGAGAAAAGCACUGUGAUCAUAAAUGUAUUCAUCCAUGAUGCAGUAGUCACCAAACAAAUCAAACAAAAUGUAUUCCUGGUUGAGUAAUAUAAGGAAUAUAUUAAAAUUUAAAGUCCCCAGCUAUUUUUUAGUUGUUACUGAGCUCUAACUAUGAAAUAUUAUACUAUGUUAUAAUACUCUUUACAUUUGUGAUCAAUUUUUAAAACCUGCAUUUCUUUGGCCACUUGGGGGCAAUGCAACAAGCUGUAAACAUUCACAGAGAGCAAGAUUAGUGUUGAUUUGGAUUCUUGUUUUGGGUGGUUGUAAUUCCACUUCAAUGUCCUUUUACCUCUGUUUUGGCUUCCGCCUGCUCAUGAGAAAUAUACAGUAUCUUGCUCUUUUGCUGCUAAAAGCUCCACCAUGUUCACCAGCUCGUCCCUGACGUUGUCGGUCUGUCGUUUGGUGGACAGGUAGAGAACACUGGGUUCAUCAGUAUAUUCUCACUGAAAACAGCUGCCUGCUGCAGAUAUAUACGACUCUGAGUACUAAGAUGAGACAAGAACGAAAAAGUAGAGUUGGAGGCUGUAAAACUAAUGAGUAGGUUCUGUGGGUACAUGACGACAAGCAAACCCGUGUCAAAUGAAAGUAAUUUCAUUCAUUUCUACUAUUAGAAUAUUAAUACAAAUAUUGAUUAGAGUAGCUUUUGAAAAAAUUGCACCACGGCUCCAUUCAUUGUUGACAAUUUAUAUAUAGAAUAAUUAUAGGCUGUACAGUGGCACUAACUGGUUAUUGGUCUGGUUGACUGUAUUUUAAAUAACAGCGUCUCUGAUGUUGCCAAUUAUUUUCCAAGACAAUCCUGUAUGUCCGUUGAAGCAUAGAGGCAUGGCUUCGUAAGAUUUUGAGCGCAUCUGAAAGGGCAGGAAACAGAUGGCAAAUUCAAGCCCUUUCAAUCCCUCAGUCUUCUGUUCACUGUCAGAAGUGAACUCAAAACACUUUAGCCCAAAAAGCAGUCAGAGCUAAUCUUAAUCAGAGUUUGGAGAAUAAUUUCUGCAAUUAGAAAUCAGUUUUGCAUUAAUGUCAUUACCAUUCACUGUCUUUCUUCUUGCAUGAGUCUUUUCAGAACUUUUGAUCUAAAAUGGCAUUAAAUUCAGAUGACUUUCACCCCCCCCCCUUCAGGCAGCAAGUCUACUGUGACUAAAUCAGCAGGAUGUCAACUUACAACUGCUCCUAUGAUCUAAUGGCUGAAAAAGGCGAGUGGCUUUGUCCUCUAGGGGAAAAUUGUUCCAAUCUGACCCCUGGCAUGAACAGCAGCCACAUCAAUCUGGAUGACGCAUGCUUGACGUGGUACCUGGAAAACAAACUUGGUCCUCGUCGAUCCUCUGUGUUCCUCCCUGUCUGUCUCAUCUACCUGAUCAUCUUUAUGGUGGGCGUGUUGGGGAAUGUGCUGACCUGUACUGUCAUUGCACGCAACAAAGUGAUGUGGACGCCAACAAACUACUACCUGUUCAGCCUGGCGGUGUCAGACCUGCUGGUGCUGCUGCUCGGCAUGCCACUGGAGCUGUAUGAGCUGUGGCAGAACUACCCCUUUCUCCUGGGGAAGGGAGGCUGCUACUUCAAAACCUUCCUAUUCGAGACGGUAUGCUUGGCGUCCAUCCUCAACGUGACAGCACUGAGUGUGGAGCGUUACAUUGCUGUGGUGCACCCACUGCGAGCGAAGUAUGUUGUGACACGCACCCAUGCCAAACGGGUCAUCCUCAUGGUGUGGGGUGUGUCAGUGUUGUGUGCUGUUCCUAACACAAGUCUGCAUGGGAUCCAAAUCCUUCCCAGUCACUCCAACGACCCAGCUGGGAAUGUAAACUUGGAAAUACCAGACUCUGCGAUCUGUACACUGGUGAAACCACUAUGGAUGUACAAUCUGACCAUCCAGGUGACCACCUUGCUAUUUUUUGCACUUCCAAUGCUCAUCAUCAGCGUUCUCUACAUGCUGAUCGGGCUGCAGCUGAAGCGCGAGAAGAUGAAUACGGCAGUGGAGGCAAAGUCGGGUUUCCGGCAGGAGAGCUUCUGUAACGUCCGUACACAGCAGCAGAAGGCACGUCGCAGGCAGGUCACUAAAAUGUUGUUUGUUUUAGUGGUGGUUUUCGGGAUCUGCUGGGCCCCAUUUCACACCGACCGCCUCAUGUGGAGUUUCAUCAAUGACUGGACUGACAACCACAUGGAAAUCUUCCAGUAUGUGCACAUCAUCUCUGGAGUGUUUUUCUACCUCAGCUCUGCAGUCAACCCAAUCCUGUACAACCUCAUGUCCACGCGCUUCAGAGAAAUGUUCAAGGAGGUCAUGUGCCAUCGGCCACAUCACAUCACUCCCAGGAAAUACUCGCUAAGUGUCACCCGUGUGACUCUCCGCAGCACCCUCAGUGAUGCGCCACUCAGCAAUGGAACUGUUGUUGUUGAAGCCGAGGCAGAAGAAGGGGAAGCGAAGAUGAAAGAAGAGACGACUUUUUCAACUUGAGGGGUUGUCUAGGGGGUACAUUAUGUUGGGAGGGUGGCAUGGUGGUCAGAGAGAGUGUCCCGUUCUGAGUCACUGCACCCAUCAGCUGUUAUCAACAUCCAUUUCAACUAGGUUACAGUAGGUGAAUACAUGAAAUAGUCUGGGGAGACUAAGUGCAGGGAAAAGGCACUCAUCUGCAGAAACUGUCAGACUGCUGUGUAAGUGUCACUAUGCUACUUUUGAAAAUCAUAAUCUCUAACUCAGCAAAUCACAUACUGAAGUUUAACUCCAAACUUCUUGCAGGACCACAGGCCAAACAGGCAUGAGCAAAUUUGAAAUCUCUCAAGUCAUAGGAAACAGUGCAGGAAUGUAGAUACGACUCACUACUUCAGUUGGAAUGAAUGAAUGACAACUCACAACGAUAUAAAACUGGACAUGAUGCACAUGAGCAAGCAAGCGGAAAUAAGACUCUUUUUUGUUUCCCAAUGAAAAGUCCUAACCUCAGCGAACAAGCUGAGCGAUAUGUCUUAUGUUUAGAAAAACACUCACUCCGGCUCUAUUUCUGCAGAAAUUUACCUCAAUUGCCCGAAUGUUUUCAAUGUAAAUCAGUGAAUUCAAACCGGUGUAGUACAGUAGUUAAGUGCAACUAUACUCUAACAUAACUUCUAUGUGACAGUAACUGACAGUUAACUAAUAUCACUUUUUAUUUCAACCUAUAUAAUGAGCCAAUUUUAAUUGUGUAUAAAUUACAAAGGCAUUUUUCAAGAUGAGGAAAUGAUUAAAUCGUAAUAAUUUUCAGAUGUAGAAAUCACAUGGGGCUCUUAAAUACAGUGAAACUACAGCAAGUUCACUCGCUUACUUGCCGCAUGUUCGGAAAAAGUGUAAUGUUCAGUGUAUGAAAGCCAUUUAUAUUAAAAAAUAUAUUUUUAAGCACUUCAUUGCAUUUGGAAAACUAUUUUAUGUUUAAAUGUUGAUAGCACCGUUUACAAAAAUUCAGCAAUUUGCAAAUUGAGAGAAAAUUUGGUCCAAGCCAGAAAGAGGUUGAAAGGGUAUAUAUUUAUACUGUAUAGUUUGUCAUGUGGGACUCAAUGUAUGGCUUUUGCAUUUUAAAUGUUAACAAUAAAAGCUGGGAGCAUCUUCAUUAACAUGUAUGUAAAAACAUAGUAAAAAUGGCCCAUGUGUAUAAACGUCAUGAUGGAUGGAUGAAAGAUGAGGGAAAAUUCAAUAUCUUAUUAGAGUAGUCUGUGAUGUAAGAUGUAAACUAUACUGUAUGCGGAGUUGUUAUUUGUAUCAGACACACACACACAUAUAUAUAUAUAUAUAUGUAUAAAUUCUGUAUAUCUGCAUAUAAUCUGAAACUGCUAUGUUGAAGCAACAAAAAUGCUCGUCGACCCUGUGAAAUGUUUACAUUGGUAUUUAAGUGUUUGUUAAAGUAAAUUCUGGCAAAUCUCUAUUAUUGUUAUUUAUGGAUUUAACAAACAAUAUGAGGUUCACUGUGGCUUUUGGUUGAAAUGUUGAUGUUACUGUCAGAUAUAUGAAAUAUAUGGGCUUGUUUUUCCAGCAGCAAUUUGUAAAUAUGUAUGCAGCUUAGUAGGUGACAUGAGCAUAUUUAUAUGAACCGCAUGUACGGAAAUGCCGAUGGGAAGGGGGAGUGCGCCUCAGUAAGUGGCAAAUUACUUAAUUUGCAUGCGUGAUGGAAGUAAUUUUCGAUUUACUGAGGUGCACCAUCCCCUUCCCAUUGGCAUUUCAGUUCACAGUUUGCUAGCACAAAGUUAUAAACAGCAAAUGUGUUUUUAUAAAAAGAAAAAGUGCCCAUCUCCCGGGCUUUGUAAACAUGCAUUAAAACACGUUCAAAAAUAAUUUUGGACAUAUGAUGCUAGGAACAAUGAUUCCAAAUGCAUUUACAAUGCUUUUAUAUUUCUUCAUGAAUAUUGAUUUAAGUCCCAAAACCUGCUGCUCAAUAAGUGGUGUUGACAGAUUUUCAUAUUUUGUCAUAUUAGCUGUCUGAUGUUGUUUUAUUUAUGUGUCAUCGGCUCUCUGUUCAUGUUUGUUGUCCGGCUUCUAGCAGUGUUUCAACAAGCCGAAAAUAUCUGAAAUGAAGUUACUGUAAAUCAUAUGGUCGAAACUAAACAAAUAAAGUUCUAAAAGACCUACA